GGGAACCACGCGCCAGAUGCACACUGCAUACGGCUCACUGCUGAAAGCUGUUGCUGUGUAUCCAUACAGAGAAGUUCGCACAUAGUCUAACACAGAUUUGUGUAUUCUAAACCAAAGAUUAAAGUGCUCGGUUUACGUGUGUUUGCUGUCAGUUUCCAACGUGUGUGUGGUCUUAGAACAACUGUGAACAUGCCCAAAAGAUCCAAGAAGAACGAGGAAUCUGUGGAAGGAGAGACUGACAAUGGAACUGCACCUACAAAGAAAGAGAAAAAAGGGAAAGAACCAGAGGCCCCAAUUCUGUAUGAAGAUCCCCCAGAUAAGAUGACCAGUAAUGAUGGCCGUGCGGCCAACAUGAAGAUCACCUCCUGGAAUGUGGAUGGCCUGCGUGCAUGGGUGAAAAAGAAUGGCCUUGAUUGGGUCCGUCAGGAGGAUCCAGAUGUGCUGUGUCUGCAGGAAACGAAGUGUGCUGAGAAAGCCCUGCCAGCUGAGAUCAAGGACAUGCCCGAGUAUCCACACAAGUACUGGGCUGCAUCAGAGGACAAGGAGGGUUACAGCGGGGUGGCGAUGCUGUGCAAGACUGAACCACUCAAUAUCACCUAUGGUAUUGAUAAGGAGGAACAUGAUAAAGAGGGUCGGGUCAUCACUGCAGAGUUUCCAACUUUCUUUCUGGUCACAGCUUAUGUGCCCAAUGCCAGCCGCGGUUUGGUAAGGCUUGAUUACCGCAAGACCUGGGAUGUAGAUUUCCGGGCCUACCUGAGCAGUUUGGACCAGCGCAAGCCCCUGGUGCUGUGCGGUGAUCUGAAUGUGGCCCACCAAGAGAUUGAUCUUAAAAACCCCAAGGGUAACCGCAAGAAUGCCGGCUUCACCCCUGAGGAACGAGAGGGCUUCACCCAGCUUCUCACGGCUGGGUUUACCGAUAGUUUCCGGGAGCUGUAUCCGGAACAAGCCAAUGCCUACACCUUCUGGACCUACAUGAUGAACGCUCGGGCCAAGAAUGUGGGCUGGCGUUUGGACUAUUUUGUGCUGUCGUCUGCCCUGCUGCCAGGCCUGUGUGACAGCAAGAUUCGAAACACUGCCAUGGGGAGUGACCAUUGCCCCAUCACCCUGUAUCUGGCUGUGUAGAUCAGGUCUCAUACAUUAUAUCAGGGGCCACAUGCACCCAAACUGUCCCUGCGUCACAGUUUGAGUUGUAGCCCUAGAUUAGCAUUUCCUUUCUGAAACAGUGGUCCAGAUGUAGACGUAAGUGUGGAGCAGACAAGUAUGUGAUGGUUAAUCAAUCGAUUUGUUCUGUAGUUUUCUUGCUUUUUCUCAUCAGUCUGCUCUCCUGUAAUCAGACUGAUUUUAUGUUUUGAUACUAAAAUCUCAGAACAUCCUUACCGUUGUCAGAAUAAUGCAAGCUUUUGGCCCUGAUUUUUUUU